UUUUGGGGACAUCCCGGCGGCAGCCGAGUUGGGCGCAGAAUAGUAAAAAUAACAAAAAUGACGUGGAAAAUCAUGAGAAUAAUUUUUUAAAAGAAAAAAAAAAAGGAAAAAGAGAAAAGGAAUAGGAGGGAGAAGAGCGGGUAGAGAGGACGACUGGGCGACGGGAAUCUUACAGAAGAGACGGCAGAGUGAUAGUGGUUGAGAGCGAUACCCUCUUCUUCUCUCUCACUCUCUUCUUCUUCUUCUUCUUCUUCUUCUUCAUCUCUUACCCACCUAAACCAAACAAAAAUAUUCUCUCCCAAAACUCCAUCACAAUCAUGAACCUAGAAUCUCGACGCACCACCAAUCAUCCUCCACCUUCAAUUGUGAAGACUGAAUCUACAGAUGAUCGCAAACCCUCAUCUCCCUCUCCCCUCUCCAAGAAAAUCGUCAUCAAGAGCGCCGAUAUGUUCACCGACAUGCAGAAGGAAGCUAUUGACGCUGCCAUAGCCGCAUUUGAGAAGCAUUCCGUUGAGAAGGAUAUUGCCGAACAGAUAAAGAAAGAGUUUGAUAAGAAUCAUGGACCCACCUGGCAUUGCAUCGUCGGUCGUAAUUUUGGUUCUUACGUGACACACGAAACAAACCAUUUUGUUUACUUCUACCUCGAUCAGAAAGCAAUUCUACUUUUCAAAUCUGGUUGAGGAUUGUUGUCCCCUUGAAAAAGAUGCCACCAGCUACUAUGGCGAGCUUGCGAUAAUGCUACUACAACUGUUUCUUGUAUGUAUAAUUUAGUCUGCCAGUGUAUGUAAGUAAAUCAGCUGGUGUAGCAUUUUCUAUAUUAUAACUGUUAUAUAUAUAUAUAUAUAUAUAUAUAUAUAUAUAUAUAUAUAUAUAUAUCACUGGGGGAGUAGAUUAAAUGGUGAAACAAGAAAUUCGAUAUGCCAUUCACAUAAUGUCUCAGAAAAGGGCCUCUUUGUCAAUGUCAUUAAAACAAAAGGGUGCAGUAAAAGCUUCAAAAAGAAAAAGAAAAUGCUGUGUCAUUGGCCAAAUGGUCACUGUCGUUUGAAAUUUUGUCAUUACUUCUUGAUAGAGGAGUUUAUGUUUUCUGGUUCAAUUUUCAAAUAUUGCCUUGGAAGUUGUUUUGGUUUAGAAGAGUAAAUGCACUAGCGGAGUAGAACAAGUACAAUACAAAGAUAGGGUGUAGUAAAAAGGGGUAAAAACAGACUGGAAUUUUGAAAGAAAGAAUUUUUGUACUGUUGCUGAAUAAAGGAAGGAGUUAAAGGUGAUGGGUAUGUAUAUUUAGUAGUAGAGAAAUGAGAUUUUGCUGUGUAGAUUUGAUUUAUUGCUCUUCAUUAUUUCUUUUUAUUUCAUGUAAUGGUUUGCUCUUUUACACAGCUUAGCAGCACCCUGCCCUCAACUUUCUUAGGCAGGGGAGGAACUUUGGGGCCUUUGUUCUUGAAAAUUAUGGUAUAGUCAUGAGUGUGUGGUAAUAUUAAGGAUUUGUAGUCUUGAAUUUUUGUUUUAUAUUUCCAGCUUUGCUUAAUUUGGUAAAGCCAUGUUUGUUUGACAAGUAAUAUUGGAUUUUGUUACCCAAAUAGUAUUUCAUGUCAUAAA